AUGUCUCCUAGCUUCAUCUUGACCCUCUCCGGCCCUGAUCGCCCUGGCAUUGUCCACGCCGUUACUGCAUUCCUUGUGCAGAACAACCUUAAUAUCAUCGAUUCGUCGCAAUUCGGCGAUCCUGCAUCGGAACGCUUCUUCAUGCGCACCCAGUUUGCCCUUGCUACCGGAAGUGAUGCCACACCCGAGCUCGAGAAAUUGCGCGCCGAUUUUGAGCCCACCGCUCAAUCUUUUGCGCUUAACUUCGAGAUCAACCCCACCGUGAAGAAGCCCCGCGUGCUGAUCAUGGUCUCUAAGAUUGGCCACUGCCUCAAUGACCUGCUCUUCCGCCAAUCUACUGGCCAGCUGAGCAUCGAGGUACCGCUGAUCGUUUCCAACCACCCGGACUUCGCUACCCUUGCGGCCACUUAUAAUAUCCCAUUCCACCAUCUUCCUGUCACCGCGGAGACCAAGGCGCAGCAGGAAGCCCGCAUUUUGGAAUUGGUGCGCGAACACAACGUUGACUUAAUUGUGUUGGCUCGGUAUAUGCAGGUGCUAUCGCCAACCCUGUGCACUGCCAUGUCUGGGCGCAUUAUCAACAUCCACCACAGCUUCCUGCCAUCCUUCAAGGGCGCCAAACCCUACCACCAGGCGUACGACCGUGGUGUGAAGAUUAUUGGUGCCACUGCCCAUUUCGUUACUAGUGAUCUAGACGAGGGCCCAAUCAUCGAACAGAACGUCGUUCGGGUCAAUCACGGCAUGAGUCCCAAAGAGCUGACCCAUGCCGGUAGCAACGUGGAGAGCAACGUGCUCGCCACCGCCGUCAAGUAUGUGACGGAGCGCCGCGUGAUCUUAAAUGGCCACAAGACUGUUGUCUUCAAUUAA